AUGUCCACCGUAAUCGUCUUCGGCCCUACUGGCGGUGUCGGCGCUGCCACAGCCCUCAGCGCCCACAAACACGGUGCAAGAGUCAUCCUCGCGAUGCGCGACACCCAGAAGCCCAUUCGGGGCCUUCCCUCCUCAGACGAGGCGUCCGGUAACUACCAACGCGUCCACGCCGACCUUACUCAACCAGACACAAUCCGCGAAGCCGUAACGAGCACCGGCGCCAAACACGCCUUCAUCUACGUCUCCUUUGGCUCCCCCGACUCGAUGCGUGCGAGCAUCGAGGCGCUCAAGUCCGCCGGCAUCGAGACCGUGGUGCUGCUGAGCAGUUUGAGCGUUCAGGUGGAUAUCCGUGACGUUCCGCCCAGCGACUUCAUCGCGUACACGCAUGCGCGCGUCGAAGUGAACCUGGACGAGGUCUUCGGGCCGAGAGGCUAUGUGGCAGUGCGACCGGCAUUCUUUUCGAGUAACACGCUCUGGUGGAAGACCGAGGUGGUGCAAGGAGAGGCGAAGACGGCAUUCCCCGAGGCCAGGCUUGAUUUCAUCGCCCCUGAGGAUAUCGGGAGUGUUUGCGGAGCGUUUCUUGCUAAGGGGUUACCUACGGGUACGAGCUUCGUACAUCUGGCUGGACCAGAGCAGAUGCCAAUCAAGGAGGCGGUGGAAGUUAUGGGUAAGGGGGUUGGGAAGCAGGUCAAGGUGGUCAAGGUCAGCGAGGACGAGGGAAUAGAGGUCAUGAUGACGAUCCAUGGGAUGCCGGAACCAAUGGCGAGGAAUUUGUCUCGCCACUAUCAGACGGACAAGGGGAAUGGAGCUAGUGACUUGUUCCAAAUGCCAGGAUAUGAAGAGGCUGUUGGCAAUGUUGAAAGAUAUACUGGGAAGCCAUCACUGCGAUUUCACGAAUGGGUGGCCUUGAACAGGGACAAAAUUCUUGCUUGA